GUAUAUAAUAUUUAUAUAUGUAUACCUAUUGAAAUACAUAUAGAAGUGUCUAUAGAUCCAAAUUCUGUACUGGCAAACUGACAUCAACUGGCAUUUAACUACCAGCUGAUUUUAGUUUCGAUUAUUCCACUUUAAACAAACACUAUGGCCUCAGCUUCAAGUACAAGCGCUCGUAGUUUAUUUGUCGAGUCAAAAAUGAGAUUGGCCGAUAGAGUGCAAGUUAAUGUGAAUAAUAUUGCUUCCCUUGCCAGGCAAAUACAAAGAGGCUCAAAAAGCAGUGAAGUAUUAAUGCACAGUGCAAAAAAUUUUGCACAGCAAGAGCAUAAGUUAGAAAAUGCAGGAACGAAUUUGAAGUUAGUUGAUCUUAUAGCUACACAUUUAGACUAUCAAAUGGAAUCCAUGAGUGGGAGUUCUUUAAUCUUAGAAGAAGUUACUGAGCAAGUACGUGCUAUGCAAAGAUAAAUUAUGAGUAAUAAAUUAUAUUAUAAAACUUAUAAUGCAUAGUUUAUUGCAUAUCUUGUAUGUUUAUAAGUGAAAUGUGAAGAAUAAUACUUGAUAUAUAUUGUUAAA